CACGUUCUAUACAUGUACUGACUACCCAUCAUGUCGCACAAAUCUAAUCUCCUCAUCUUCGGUGCCACCGGCAGCAUCGGCCAAUACAUCACCGACGCCAUCGUCAGCGCCCAAGACUCCUUCGGCCGCAUCUCCAUCUUCACCAGCCCCAACACCCUCACCAACAAGCCCGAUGAGAUCAACGCACUCCGCCACAGGGGUGUUGAUAUCCUGGUGGGCGAUAUUACCAAUCGCGAUGAGGUGCUCAAGGCCUAUGGAGGCGUCGACACCAUCAUCUCCGCCCUAGGUCGUGGCGCCAUUGCAGCCCAGAUCCCUCUUAUUCAACUAGCUAACGAGACUCCUCACAUCAAGCGCUUUCUACCUUCGGAAUAUGGCACGGAUAUUGAAUACAGUCCCGCUUCGCAGCACGAGAAGCCCCACCAGCAGAAGCUCAAGGUCCGCGCUGCCCUCAAGGAGGUGCGCAGUGACCUCGAGUAUGCCUACGUCGUGACGGGUCCUUAUGCAGACUUUCCCUUCUACCUGGGCCGGUCGAACUUUGCCAAGGGGGGCACCUUUGAUGCGGUCGCCAAGAAGGCUGUGUUGCUGGGUGAUGGACAAGGUCGGAUCAGUCUGACCGCGUGUGCGGAUGUCGGAAAAUUCGUCGUCCAUGCCCUGACCCACUGGGAUGCUGCUCGUAACCGCGCACUCAAAGUCAACUCGUUUACUACGACCCCGGCCGAGAUCCUGACGCUCUUUGAGAACCAGACCGCGAGUGAUUGGACAGUCGAAUAUACCUCGCUGGAUGAGCUGCGGGCGUUUGAGAAGGAGGCCUGGGAUAAGGGUGCCCCCGAGGCUACACUGUACACGCUGCGGCGCAUUUGGACGGAGGGAGGGACUCUGUACGAGCGUCGGGACAAUGAAGACAUCGGCGUGACGGAGACGACGACGUUGUCUGAGCUGGUGAAAGACUCUGUCCAGAAGCAGGUCGAGGCGGGUGCAGCUAAGCAUUGAGAAUGAGCACGGGCAUGUAACAAAUAGGUAUAUGAUCGAUGAUCCCAGCUGUAGUCUACGUCGCACUGGAAAGUAUCGAGGCGAACUGCUCGUAGGCGGAAAACACAAUACCACCGCUCAAUACCAACCGGCCAAGGCGCAUAGUGCUGCCUCGCCAGAACCCCUGAAUGCCCUCCUCGCGCAGCAGCUCCGUCACCGCUUCCGACAUGCCUUUCUGGCUCAUCCCCUGGACGCGGGUCUUGACCGUGUCAAACGGCUGCGUCGCGUAGACGGUGAUGGUGCCGGCUAUUGAGCCCAUGAAGAAGGUGGUAGCCCCGUUGACCGGGAUGGACCGCUCCUUGAAUGUUUCUUUGAGCAUGUUGUAGGACCCCAUGCGCACUGCGGAGGUGGCAGACUGCUUCACCGUUG